AUGGACCCGCAUGAUGAGUUGCCACCACCACCUCCUCUACCUCCUAACGUGGUGCCCAUCAAAGCUGAAGAUGGUGCCAAGGAAUCGCCACCAAACAAGCCAACAAAGCCUACGAGGCUCCCAAUAGCCAGGCCUGGAUUGGGAAAGAAAGGCCAGCCCAUCCAACUCCUUGCAAACCACUUUAAAGUCUCUGUGAAGAGUUCAGAUGACUUUUUCCACCACUAUCAUGUUAAUCUGAAAUAUGAGGAUGACCAACCAGUUGAAGGGAAGGGGAUAGGCAGGAAGGUGAUUGAUAAACUUCAGCAUACAUACCGCUCCGAGCUUGCAAACAAAGACUUCGCCUAUGAUGGUGAAAAGAGUCUCUUCACAGUUGGGGCUCUUCCUCAAGUAACAAAUGAAUUCACUGUCAUCUUGGAGGACAUAGGAACUGGAAAGAGUGCUGCCAAUGGGAGUCCCAGCAGUCCUGGUGGUGGGGACAGGAAGAGAGUGAGGCGACCAUACCAGACAAAGACGUAUAAAGUAGAGUUGUGUUUUGCAGCAAAAAUCCCAAUGGCUGCAAUUGCAAUGGCCAUUAGAGGUCAAGAAUCAGAGAACUCCCUGGAGGCUCUUCGAGUUCUUGAUAUCAUACUGAGGCAGCAUUCUGCAAAACAGGGCUGCCUUUUGGUUCGUCAGUCAUCUUUCCACAACAAUCCUGCUAGCUUCGUUGACUUGGGCGGUGGUGUGAUGGGUUGCCGAGGAUUUCACUCAAGUUUCCGUGGCACACAGAGUGGCCUCUCCCUGAACGUCGAUGUUUCAACUACAAUGAUUGUUAAGCCUGGUCCUGUUAUCGACUUUCUUCUUGCUAACCAGAAAGUUGAUCACCCUGACAGAAUUGACUGGCCAAAGGCUAAGCGUGCUCUCAAGAACUUGAGGAUCAAAGCCGCUCCUGGAAAUUCAGAAUUCAAGGUUGUUGGUUUGAGUGACAGAAAAUGCAAUGAACAGACGUUCCCAUGGAGGCAGAGGAAUGGUAACAAUGGAGAUACUAACAUUGUCGAAAUAACAGUCUCUGAUUACUUUUUGAGGCACAAAGGCAUAGAGCUCCGAUAUUCUGGUAAUUUCCCCUGUAUCCAUGCGGGGAGGUCAAAGCGUCCGACGUAUUUCCCUGUGGAGCUUUGCACGCUUGUUCCUCUGCAAAGAUAUACCAAAGCUCUGUCUACACUGCAAAGGUCCUCGCUUGUUGAGAAAUCCAGACAAAAGCCUCAAGAAAGAAUGUCAACUCUCAAUGAUGCACUUAAACGUAGCAACUAUGACUCCGACCCCAUGCUGAUGGCAUGUGGCAUUUCAAUUGCACCAAAGUUUACUCAGAUUGAAGGGAGGGUUCUGCAAGCACCCAAGUUGAGAGUCGGUAACGGUGAAGAUAUGUUACCACGCAAUGGACGCUGGAAUCUUGCGAACAAGAAGUUCCUUCGGACCUGCUCUGUCACGAGGUGGUCGGUUGUUAACUUCUCUGCACGGUGUGACGUUCGGGGUCUUGUCCGAGACCUCAAAAGGCUUGGAGCUGCAAAGGGAAUCGAAAUAGAGGAACCUUAUACUGUGAUUGAAGAGAUCCCAUCAAUGAGACGAGCGCGUGUGUCGGAUAGAGUGGAUAAGAUGAUUGCUGAGAUAAAAUCCAAGCUACCUGGAUUACCCAAGUUCCUUCUGUGCCUUCUUCCUGAGAGGAAAAACUGCGAAGUUUAUGGUCCUUGGAAGAGGAAGUGUCUUGCGGAUUUUGGCAUUGUUACACAAUGUCUAGCUCCAACAAGAGUAAAUGAUAAUUACCUAAACAAUGUCCUGUUGAAGAUAAAUGCUAAGCUUGGUGGGCUGAACACAUUGCUGCAAAUCGAAGUAUCCCGUACAAUUCCUAUUGUGUCAGAGAAGCCUACUAUCAUCUUGGGCAUGGAUGUGUCACAUGGUCAACCUGGUCAGUCUGAUAGACCUUCCAUUGCUGCGGUGGUUAGUUCUCGCGAGUGGCCUCUCGUCUCUAGAUACAGAGCAACAGUACACACUCAGUCACCCAAACUAGAAAUGAUGUCCUCCUUGUUUAAGCCAGACGGAACUGCCGAUAAUGGUCUCAUUCGGGAAUCACUUAUCGACUUUUACACUACUUCUGAGCAGCGAAAACCAGAUAAUGUCAUUAUUUUCAGGGAUGGUGUAAGCGAAAGCCAGUUUACCCAGGUCAUAAACAUUGAGCUUGAACAGAUCAUUGAGGCAUGCAAGUUCCUUGACGAGAAGUGGGAGCCUAAGUUCACAGUCAUUGUUGCCCAAAAAAACCAUCAUACCAGAUUCUUUCAGACUGGAUCUCCAGAGAAUGUUCCCCCCGGUACCGUGGUAGAUAAACAAGUCUGCCAUCCCAAAAAUUUCGACUUCUACAUGUGUGCCCACGCUGGCAUGAUUGGAACCUCAAGGCCAACACAUUAUCAUGUUCUGCAUGAUGAGAUCGGCUUCACUGCCGAUGCGCUUCAGGAAUUUGUGCAUUCUCUUUCUUACGUGUAUCAGAGGAGCACAACGGCGAUAUCUAUCGUUGCUCCGAUUAGCUACGCCCAUCUCGCGGCAGCCCAGGUUGGCACGUUCAUGAAAUUUGAAGACAUGUCGGACGCGUCGUCAAGCCAAGGAGGGCACACGUCUGUGGGCAGCGUUCCGGUUCCGGAGCUGCCUCGUCUCCACGAGAAUGUCCGGAGCACCAUGUUCUUCUGCUGA